UUCUGCCUCCUCGUCGUCGUCCUGGUCUCGCUCCAACCCUCCCCUCCCCUCACGCCAAUACGCUUGCCCACCCUCUCUCGGUUCCUAGGGUGCAGUGGCGUUGCAGGCAACGGGGUUGUAGUGGGGAUUCGGGGUUGGGAGUGAUUGGGACGGGUCAGUGGAGUUCUGCGGGUUCUUAGUAGAGGAAGUGUGUGCUUGGAAGAGGCGAGGAAAGUUGUCAUGGAUUUGUGAUCAUCCGAGAAUGGUUGUGCGAUGUUAGAUGAGCAGGCGGGAGGGAGCGGGUGGCGGAUGAGAUUGAAAGGUUGCUAGGUGCUACGGCAUCGGAACUAGAAUUUAUGGAACAAUUUUUUUUGCGCGCGAUGGAGUAGGAUGUGAGAGAGGAAUUGGAACAGCGGGAGGAAUGGUGGAUGUGUAGGAAGUGCGGCAAAUGAGAGGGGAUCUGUGCUUUGAGUGCGGUGAGCUUGUUGUAGCUGUAGAAGACCACCGUGCUACUGGAAUGAGUCUAUUAUCUAAGGACUCACAGGGUUCGUUGUAAUUGUUUUUGAUUCACGUGGGCUUCUGGAACACUACAUACGAAUUUUUGUAUCUUCAAGGACCAGAACAAGUUUCCUGUAGACUGGCGAUAAGUGAUGGCCAAAGAUAUUGAUGAUCAAUGUGGGCAUCACAAAUGUACCAGCACCGUUUUCGUUUCUCCGAGGCGCUGGGUUGUGAAAGCUGCGAAGUUUAGCAGUUGUAAUGUCAGUUAGGAAAGCGAGGCUCUCAGUCCAGGCUGGACAGCGAAUGGCAGAUCAAUCACGUCAUGGAGUUCUGGAGCGCGAUAUUGAACAGGCCAUCACUGCACUGAAGAAAGGUGCUCAGCUCUUGAAGUACGGUCGGCGCGGGAAGCCAAAAUUUUGUCCGUUCAAACUGUCUAGCGAUGAGAAUGCAUUGAUAUGGUAUUCAGGGGGAGAGGAAAAGAGACUAUGGUUAAGUACGGUAUCUAGAAUUAUACCUGGCCAGCGUACACCAGUUUUCCUACGUUAUCCAAGACCAGAAAAGGAGUGUCAGUCGCUUUCGCUGUUACAUUCGAAUGAGGAAAGAUCUCUAGAUGUGAUAUGCAAAGAUAAAGACGAGGCCGAAGUGUGGUUUGUAGGUCUGAAGGCCUCUGUUGCUGGUGCUCAGUUGCGAAAGUCUAAGUUCAAUAAUGUAAGGCAUGAACGAACUGUGGAUAUCGUCAGUCCAGCACUCACGAGGAAUAGUUCACCUUUGACAUCACCAUUUGGAAGCACUGACAAUCUGCAGCAGGAAAGCGGGGAUUUCUUCAAAACUUCCAGUUUCAUAGGCAGCCCUUUGCAAUCUGAGAAAGGAUACCUUGGAGGUCCAACAUCUACAAUAGAUUCAAAGAACAACUUUGACGCAGGUUCUGUAGGAGGAUCGAUGCAUUCUGGGAGUUCGUCUAUGGGUUCCGACAGUGUGAGUGCACAUCUUAGGCUGGCUGGUGCCGGCCAAUCUGACAAUUACAGGAUCAGCAUGUCAAGUGCUGUGAGUUCUUCGAGUCAGAGCUCCCAACAUGGCGAGGACGGCUUACACUAUGCUGAACCGCUCGGCGAUGUGUAUAUGUGGGGGGAAGGAGUAGGCGAUGGUAUUUUAGGAGGUGGUAUACACAGGAUCGGCAGCGGUGGAGCUAUCAAUCUGGAUGCUCUUCUUCCCAAACCUUUGGAAUCUGCCUUGGUUUUGGACGUGCAGCUCAUUGCAUGUGGAGGAAAGCAUGCGGCACUAGUGACAAAGCAAGGGGAGGUGUUCACUUGGGGGGAAGAGUCGGGCGGGCGGCUUGGACACGGAGUGGAUUGUGAUGUGUCACACCCUCAGUUGGUGGAAGCUUUAGCAUCAUCGACAACGGAGGUUGUGGCAUGCGGGGAGUACCAUGCUUGUGCAGUGACGCUAUCCGGCGAUUUGUACAGUUGGGGCGACGGCACACACAACCUUGGACUGCUGGGUCAUGGCAACGACAUCAGCCACUGGAUACCGAAGCGAGUGAACGGGCCACUCGAGGGGCUGCGAGUGGCAUCGAUCGCAUGUGGUCCUUGGCACACCGCGCUGGUGACGACGACAGGGCUGCUUUUCACGUUCGGGGACGGCACAUUCGGGGUGCUAGGGCACAACGACAGAAAGAGCGCAUAUUCUCCCCGAGAGGUGGAGUCCUUGAAGGGUUUGAGGACGGUGAGGGCGGCUUGCGGAGUGUGGCAUACUGCAGCAGUGGUGGAGGUAAUGGUGGGAAGUUCGAGUGCGGGUAGCUGUUCGUCUGGGAAGUUAUUCACUUGGGGGGACGGUGAAAAGGGGCGAUUGGGCCAUGGCGACAAGGAACAGCGGCUGGUGCCUACGUGCGUUGCUGCGCUGGUGGAUCACAAUUUCCGGCAGGUGGCCUGUGGGUAUAGCUUGACAGUGGCACUGACGACGAAGGGAGGGGUGUUCACCAUGGGGAGUUCGACGUACGGGCAGUUGGGGGAUCCACAGGCGGAUGGAAAGCUGCCAGGGCUGGUAGAGGGGAAGCUGGUGGAGGCAUAUGUGGAAGACAUUGCCUGCGGAGCACAUCACGUGGCUGUUCUGACCCACAAUUCGGAGGUGUACACAUGGGGUAAGGGUGCGAAUGGGCGGUUGGGGCAUGGGGACCUGGAGGAUAGGAACACGCCGACCCUUGUUGAAGCGCUGAAGGAAAAGCAAGUCAAGAGCAUAGCGUGUGGUGCGACAUUCACAGCAGCUAUAUGCCUGCAUAAGUGGUUGUCUGGUGCGGACCAGAAUGCGUGCUCGGGGUGCAAGCAGCCAUUUGGAUUUACUCGGAAGCGGCACAACUGCUACAAUUGUGGGCUGGUGUACUGUCACGCUUGCAGUUCGAAAAAAGCUCUGAAGGCGUCACUGGCUCCGAAUCCAGGGAAGCCGUUUCGGGUGUGCGACCCAUGCUUCCUGAAGCUUCGAAAGGCGGGUGAGGGUGGGUUGGGAGGGGUGGCGGCCCUGUCAAAACGGAGUGUUCCAAACCGCAAUCGAGGAGUGGAGGUGAAAGAUGGGUCCGGUAAAGGUGAGUUUCGAGCUCCACGGCCCCAGGGGCCGAACACUGGAAGGCCUCCAAUCACAUUGGAGUUUGGAAAGGUGGGGGAGGGGAAGUCGGGAACCAAGCGUGGCAAGAAGCCAGAGAAUUCAUCAAGUCGAAUAUCCCCUGCUCCGAAUGGUGUGAGUAGCGGGGCGACGUGGGGUGCGGUUAGCGUUCCGGCGGGGUUCUCGAAACCCCCAUUCCAAACGGGUCUGAACGGUCCGGUGGCGGUAUCGAGCUCGGCGGUGGCUGGUCGAGCGGUAUCAAGAGCGGUGUCGCCCCUUUCUCGGCGGUCGAGUCCUCCUCGGUCGACGACACCAACGCCAACGGGGUCUGGGUUGGUGAUACCAAAGACGGUUGUGGAGGAUUUGAAGAAAACGAAUGAUGCCUUGAGUGAUGAAAAUAUUCAAUUGAGGUCGCAGGUAGAGAGUUUAGCCCGUCAGCUUCAAAAUCAUGAGAAGGAGGUUCAGCGUUCAGCUCAGCAACUUCAGAAUGCUAUUUCUUUGGCAACAGAAGAAGCUGCAAAGUCCAGAGCCGCAAAGGAAGUUAUCAAGUCACUCACUUCCCAGUUGAAAGAGAUGGCAGAGAAGUUGCCUACAGGUACUUUCAGGCAGUUUCACUCUCGAUCGGGGUCAUUGUCCCGUCUUGACGUUUCAAAUAGUGCCCUAGGCAGUGCUGAUUUUGAUGCACUGGGAGCAGUUGGGAGCGAAGGAUUGGGUCUGCCCUUUCAGCAAUUUAGUUCAAACCCAGCAAUCAAUGUUCCUGAUUUUGAAGCAAAUGGGGUGGCCAGCCCACAUUCAGCAUCAAGUCCUCUGUCGGGACGGGGAUCGCAACGACUUGACAGUCCUCGUUCCACUUCAAGUCCUCAUACUGGCACGGAGGCCGAAAUUGGCAGUGCAUUAGGCAGAGUUGGAGGAAGUGGGCGAAUGGCGACUAGAUUGGCAGAAGGAGACACGAAUGGAUUUGAUACAGCACAACGUAAUGAAGAAAGAAUCAUAACAUCAGGAACUUCUGUGUCGUUUGAGAGUGUAAGAGAACCCGAGACAGAGUGGGUAGAGCAAGAUGAACCUGGAGUGUAUAUCACAUUGACAGCUCUUCCAGGAGGCGGGAAAGAUUUGAAACGCGUGCGAUUCAGUCGAAAACGAUUCAGUGAAAGGGAGGCUGAGCAGUGGUGGGCAGAGAAUCGGGUGAGAGUACAUGAACAGUACAAUGUACGAGGUGGAGUCGAUAGAGGGAGCAACCCAAGUGGAGCUCUCAGUUCAACUGCUAUGCCUGUGGGAAGCAGACAAGGUGAUGAUGGAAGGCCGUUUCCUUUCACUUCCAGGCCGGGUUCAUACUAACACAUUGGUGUUGAGCAUUUUAGUGUAGAUUUUUCCGCAAGGAUGGUAAAGUAACAUGGAGAAGUGUUUUUUGAAUCCUGUGAAAGCUACGACAGAAUAUUUGUUACAUUGGAGAAGCGGUAACACAUUGUUGCCCUCUUGUGAGAUUACUCAUGAUAGAAUGCAGCAUUCUCACUUAGUAUUCACUUCGAUCUGAGGGACAGUGUUGUCUGUAGUUGGUUGCGGCUUCGUGUUUUCAAUGUGUGAUAUCAUGAUGGCCACCGCAACAUUAGGGGCAGCUCUUUCCAAGUAGGAGUUUAAUGCGGAGUGAACAGGUUUUUAUUUUAUUUUUAAAAUUUCAAAUUUUUGAUGGUGGAAGGAAUGUCUCGGUAGGUCUCGUACGUGGAAGACUGAUGACUAGAAGUUAUCUUUCCUGCUUAAUGUCUUGAAUUCCCUGGAUGAUGGCCGAACUGGGUGGAGAGUUUAUUUCUCUUUCAUGAAUGCAGUAGAUAAUCCUGUACUGUCCAGAGUUGAUAGAUACAUCUGCCACAGUGUAUCCUGGAAGUUAAAAUGAUAUUCUAGACAUGGUUAAACUGCCAUUAGGGUACACCCCAUGCUCACACUCCUGAACUGCACAAGGAAGAGCAGUCCUUGGGCAUGUGGGUUGUGUUUGGAAGCACAAGCUGGAGGAGCAAGAUGUGUGAAUAGUUUGUAACAUAUAUAUUCUUUAUUCACUAUAA